AUGCCAGCGCAGCCGAGUUCACCGGCUGAUACCCUGGGGGCCCCGACUCUCAUUGUGGGCGACAGGGCCUCGCAUCCGGGGGCCAAUCCUGGCGCCCCACAAGCCCCCGCGCAUAAUGCCCAGCCGCCAUCACCAAGCACGGCAUUUACUGGUCGGUGGAUCGUUGCUAGCGGGGACAGCAACCAGCCAGCCAAUGAUCGAAUUGUCUCCGCAUUCAAGCAGAUGUGCAACGCGCGCCAAUACCUCCAGCAGACGUGGGACACCACGCCCAAGAUGUUCGAGUUCGCAAAUGCCCUCUUGCGCCAGUUCCCCCCCGACAUGUCGGCUUCCUACUCGGCCCAGCCCGAGCUCCAGAAGGUCGACCCGAAGGAGUUGGGGAAGAAGGAGGUCCCGACCAUGGUGGUGCACCCUGCCAUGCUCCGCUUCAACACUGAUGCGAGCAUCAAGGCCUGGGGGCAUUGCGCGUGCCAGGGAAGGAUGCACAUUUGCAUCGAGAUCCUCGAGCAGGUGCUCCCGGAUGGCUUCGCGACUGCCAAUGAUCCAAUGUGGGUUACAGAGCUCCCUGAUGACGGCGCCAACAUAAUGGUCAGCAUGGAUGAUGGCCAUGCUUCCACCCGUGCUUUCCGCAUUGGCUAUGUAAAAGGGAUGGCGCGUACUUGCGCCCUCCUGGCCCUCGCCAGCAUGUUCAUCCAGGAUGAGCUGAGCAUCAAGGAGGCCCCGCCGGGGCGCAGAGCGAUGGGCCUUGGGGGCGAGGCGCUGCCAAACUUUUUCGAGACGGCGCGGACCAUCCACGCAGUGGGCAUCCUGGCGAGCGACCGCAAGCAGCUGAUGAAGCUGACCUUCAAGCAGAGCGUUUCGGAUCACUCAAUGCAGCUCUCGUUUGACAAGCUGCACUCGGACUGGAUCAAUCGCCCAGAGCAGCUCCGCAGGAAGUAUGGUCGAAAGGAAAUGGAGGACAGCGCUGAGAUGUCGUGCUUGGUUGAGUACAUCUACAGGAAGACACUUCAUACCACUCCGUUGUCAGCCGCUGACUUGAACGGUUCUUCCUGCCAGGCCUACAUCGAAGGAAGCGACCGCCACCUGAGCCUUGAAUUAUCUAGCAUCUUGGUUGAUAAGCCUGCUGAUGUGGCUGCGGAGUCGGUGUCAUGCAUAAAGGCCAUGCUCGUGAAGCACAGGGGCACUCACCAGACGCCCCAGGCAAAUACACUGCAGCUCAUGCAGAGUUUGGAGGCUGACAAUUACGGCAUCUUGGUCAGUUCAGUAGAGCACGACAUCAAGGCCAUCCAGCUCUACAAGGACAAGACGCCCACUUGGGAGUCCUCGGUGUAUUGGGAGAAGCUGGAGGCCGGCCAGAAGCAGUGGUCCGACCUCGUCGCGGGGGUCAUGCUCUACCUGAAGAGGUACGCCAAGAUCGUGGUGACUGACGCGCAGGUGGCUGUGUGCAAGGCGUUCAUGGAGUACCGGCGGAAUGUCUGUAGCAAGCCCCGCCACCGCGUCUCUAUUGAGAACGUGGCUGUGAUGGGGCGCGUCAAUUGGUUGGCCCCUUCCGGUGUCAAGGCGAACCAGAUGAAGUGCCAGCAGUCGCUGAUAAGUUCCAUGGCUUCUGAUUGCCCCCAGUCCAUCAUCCUGGCGACGCAGCCGAUCCACUCCAACCAGCAGGCUAAGUUAUGGACUUGCCAGGAGACGUGUCUGAACAGCUUGACUAACAGUGGGCUCGACAUUGACAUGGAGUUCUCGGUGCUCAUCAAAGAUCGCAUGGACAAGCGCGACGACAGGCCAGGCACCAUGAAUGGCAGGGCGUGCCGCGCACUCGGCAGCCCGAACCCGUCGCAUAGUGGGUUCUGGAAGUCGUGUAAACUCUUGGAUGAGAGGCGCACUGAGCCAACUCCGCAGAUCCCAGUGUCAGACGUGGUGAGCAUCGAUGACAUCGACGCCGCCCCCCCCCCGACUGAUACGGGUGGCAGCUCCAACCGCGGCAUGGUUCGGGGCUGGUGCAAGUACGAGCAGCUGGGCCCGGAGACCUGCUUGUCAAUUCUAGAUGCCACCUUUGACGGAUUGAAGGAUGCCAGUGGGGUUGGCAUGGCCCUCUUCGCGGAUGUGCAUGUCUGCACGGCUGACAUGUUGGUGGCCUGGGUAAGGAAGUCUUGCCAGAUCGCCAUCCCCUCGUACUACUUCGGGACGGUGUACGACCAGGCACAAGCUGAGUGGGCCUAUAACUAUGUGGCCAAUGCCAUCGCUACACUCACCAAGGAUGGCACCUCGAGCAUGCCCGGCGUGAAGGCUGCCACUGUGGGCACCGAGCAAGAGAAGCAGAAGCCAAUGAUGCCUCAGCUGAAAUGCCUGGUGUGGGAUGACACAGCUAAGGUGGUCAAGGUCCCAGAGGGGCCAGGGGGCCACAUGCAUCUCGCUUGCGAGAUACCACUCGAGGGCCCGCUGUCAUCAGCAUCGGCGCCCACCACCAGUGAGCACAACAAGCGCAGCUGCAGCAGUUCUCCUUGUGACUCUGAGUCCAAUGCCAAGAAGCGCCGCACUGACGCUAUGGAUGAGCCUGAGAUUGUGCCCACUGCUGAACUCAAGCAGACUGUCAUCCUUUCGGUGAAGAUCACGAACGCUAGGGGCGCCUGCGAGUUCAGGGUGCUGCUGGGCGACAUGGCGGUGAUUACCAACACUGGCCAGUCCGAGCUGGUCCUCAGGAAGGGCAUGGUGGUUGCAGGGUUCGGCAAGAUUGGGUGGAAAAGGUUGCAGCCUGAUGAGACUGUCUCAGCGAAGGAGAUCCUCGUCGAGUUCAGUGGCAGCAGUGACGUGGUCCUCAUUGGCACGACGUUGCAGACCCUCAAGAAGGCCAUUGAGACCCGCAGGCUCCAGAACCCGGGGGUGUCAGUGAUGUACCGCACCAUCGAGCCUACUACCGGUGAUCCAGGCAGCUUCAAGCUCGUCCCUAAGGACAAGGUGGUCUGCACUCUGGCAACAACUGCCACCGUCGAGGAGGAGGAUGGCCCGGUAGAGGAGGGCCAGGAGCCCGGCAAGAAGCUCAAAGCCACCCAGAGCAACGCGGCCAACACGUUGCCUGCCAACAUCUGGAAGGCCAACAAUGUGGCCACACUGAUGUGGAAUAUGCGCUGGGUGCAGAGUGGCUUGAUGCCGCAGCGCCCGCAGACACUGCGGCCGGGCGGCGCCGUGCCGGAGUGCCCGGGGCGCCUGGCCCUGGAGAAGACGCUGCGCGGCCUGGUGCCCGGGCGCCUCCGCAGCCCGCCCUGCGCCUGCCGCUGCCGGCGCCUGCCGCUGCCACUGCCCGCGGCGGCCAUGCGGCGCGUGCGGGCGCCCCGCCCGCCCGGCUGCUGCGCGCGGCGCGCCCCCGCCGCGCCCUGGGCGGCCGCCGUGCCGGGCCGCUGCGCACGGCGCGCGGCCGCGGCCGCCGCGUCGGCGGGCCCGAGGGUGCGCGUCUCGGUGGUCACCUGCGGCGGGGGCGAGCUCGCCGCCCUGGACGCCGAGGCGUCGUGGCGCUUGGGCGACGUGCUCGCCGCGCUGCCGGCACGCGGCGGCGAGCCCGACGGCAGGCCGAGCGGAGAGACGGGUGGCGCAGGCACGAGGCGGGUGUUCUUCGGCGACGUGGAGCUGUGCGGCAGCGCCACGCUUGCCGAGGUCGGCGCUGUGAGCGGCAGCCGGUUAACCCUGGUGGUGACCGCGGCGCUGCGCGUGGUGACCGCGUGCGGCGAUUGGUCGGCCCGGAUCCACUCCGCGGGUUCAGGGCAGUGCCUGCGCAAGCUGGACGGCCACCGGGGGCGCGUGCGCUGCGCCGUGUUCUCGCCGGGCGGGCGGGAGGUGCUGACCGCAUCCGACGACGGCACGGCGAAGAUCUGGGCCGCAGGAUCUGGGGAGUGCCUCCAGACGAUGGAGGGUCACGACGGCGAGGUGGUGUCGGCCGUGUUCUCGGCGGACGGCCGCGAGGUGCUCACCGCGUCGCGGGAUGGCACGGCAAAGAUGUGGUCCGUGGGGUCCGGUGAGUGCUUGCGCACGCUGCACGGCCACCGGGGUCGCGGCCUGACUGCGGCCGCGUUCUCGCCAGGUGGCCAGGAGGUGCUCACCGCUUCCGUCGACCUCACGGCCAAGAUAUGGUCAGUGGAAUCCGGGGAGUGCCGCCGCACGCUGCGGGGCCACCAGGGCGACCCGACCUCGGCGGCCUUCUCGCCGGACGGGCGCGAGGCGCUGACGGGCUCGCGCGACGCCACGGCGAAGAUUUGGUCCGCGGAGACCGGCGAGUGCCUCCGCACGCUGGAGGGCCACGCCGACCGGGUCUCGGCGGCAGUGUUCUCCCCGGGCGGCGAGGAGGUGCUCACCGCCUCGCACGACGGCACCGCGAGGGUCUGGUCCGCGCGCUCGGGCGAGUGCCUGCGCACGCUGGGCGGCCACCUCGACCGGGUGCUGUCGGCCGCCUACUCGCCCGACGGGCGCGAGGCGCUCACGGCCUCGGACGACGGCACAUCGCGGGUGUGGUCCGUGAGUUCCAGGGAGUGCCUGCUCGCGCUGGAGGGCCCCAGCAGCGGCCUCUGCUCGGCGGCGUUCUCCCCAGCGUGAGUGUUCCUCGCUCGCGCGGAGGAAGAAAACGAACCCAGACUUCCG